CGGGUCCUUAAAGGUUAGGUUCGACAUUGUGAAUACUUCGCGGUGCAGUUUUCGCCGUGAGUGUUUUAGUUGCUCCAGGAGGAGACGGUAUGACUUCCCGCGGCUGGAGGUUCGGUUGGGGCGCGUGGAGAGACGUGGACCUGUUCACGGACCGCUCCGAGACUCUGUCCCAGGCCAUCAGAGCCGCAGCCUCUGAGGACACACCGGACGCUGACGGCAGCGUGCUGUUCGGACACCUGCAGGGCACCGUGGUGGGCCUCCGGUAUUACACAGGAGUGGUGAACCGGGGGGAGAUGGUCGGCUUAGUGCGGGAGCCGCAGAAUCCUUACGACAGUAAUGCAGUGAUGAUUGCCAACAUUUUUGGCAGACAGGUGGGACACAUCAAACGGCAGCUGGCAGCAGCUAUGGCCCACAUCAUGGACAACAAUUUGGCUAAAGUGGAGGGUGUUGUGCAUUUGGGGACAAAAAACACAUACACCAUGCCGGUGAUGCUGUCCUUCUGGGGGCAAGACGCCAACAAAACUGCAGUGAUGGAAUACUUGGCACAUCAUGGAUAUAAACUAAACACGGGUGGACUCAAACCAUCAACGACUAGUACGAAAACGUACCAAAGUCAAGAUGGUUAUGCAUUGUCAUCUAAAAAAGGUUUGACCAUCGCACUUACUCCAGAAGAGCUUAAAAAUGCAUUUGACAACCUGUUUGAAGGAUUGAUGGAGAGCAAAGAUGGAGAGAAAGAAGCAGCUGAGUCUGUGGGCACUCCUCUCCUGCUCCACCAGAAGCAGGCGCUGUCCUGGAUGUGUGCGAGAGAAAAUAAAUCUGCUCUGCCGCCUUUCUGGGAGAAGAGAGGCGAUCUGUACUACAACAGCGUCACAUGUUUCUCUGCUAAAGAAGUCCCUGAGAGGGUUCGUGGGGGAAUACUGGCAGAUGACAUGGGACUGGGGAAAACUCUGACAACCAUCGCUCUGAUUCUCACCAACUUCCACAAAGGAGAGCAUCUGCCUGUGGAGAAAUGUGAGGAUCAGUCGUCCCAUCUGAAAGCCAUUACAAAUCAACAGACGUCCUCCAAAGUGAAAGAAAGCAGCGGGGGCAGUCAAGCAGGAGUGAUCGACACGACAGCAGAUCCUCUUUGCUCAGAGGAUGUGACACUGAACCAGUCUCAGAGUGGUGAAGCGAAAGGAAAGGGGAAAGCCGCCAAACGAAAGCCCAGCAAAGAUCCCAUUCUGCUGGAGGAUCUUGACUUCGGUGUGGCGCUGAGUGGAUCAACAUCUGAUAAGGGCGCAAAGAAGAAGAAAACUACCAAGAAAACAACUUCUGAAUUGAGUGUAGAAACUUCUGUUCCUGAAAGUGAGGAAGAAUUGUCAGCGAGAGCGACUCUCAUUAUUUGCCCACUGUCUGUGCUCAGCAACUGGCUGGACCAGUUUGAGCAGCAUGUUCAUCCUAACGUGAAGCUAAAUGUUUAUCUGUAUUAUGGAUCGGAACGCAACCGGAGUCAGAAGUUCUUGUCGUCUCAGGAUGUUGUGAUCACCACCUACAACGUCGUCUCGGCCGACUUUAGUAAUAAGAGUCCCCUCCAUGGGGUCAGUUGGCUGAGGGUUGUGCUGGAUGAAGGACACAUAAUAAGAAACCCCACAGCUCUUAUGAGUAAAGCUGUACUCGACUUGAAAGCUCAGCGUCGCUGGAUUCUUUCAGGCACACCGAUCCAGAACCACGUGAAGGACCUGUGGAUGCUGCUGGCCUUUCUGCGUGUAAAGCCCUUUGAUGUGAAGGAGUGGUGGAACAGAGUGAUCCAGAGACCUGUUACACAAGGAGACAGAACCGGUCUGCAGACUCUCCAGACACUGGUAAACUGCAUCACCUUACGACGAACCAAGAACAGCAAGGUGAACGGGCGCCCGCUUGUGUCUCUUCCUGAGAAAGUGGUUUGUGUGGAGCAGGUGGAGCUGACACAACAGGAGAGAGAGGAGUACGAGCUUGCCCGCAACGAGGGAAGAAACACCAUCGGCAGAUAUGUUAGUGAAGGCACGGUGUUGAGGAAUUACGCUGACGUUCUGGCCAUCCUGAUGCGGCUCCGUCAGCACUGCUGCCACCCCAACCUACUGGCAAAGAUCUCUUCAGACUUGGGUAAUGUGAACACGCCAGCUGAGUUGCGAGAGCGCCUGAUCGAGAAGCUGCGGCUCGUGCUGGCCAGCGGUUCAGAUGAGGAGUGUCCCGUGUGCCUGGACUCGGUCCGUUUCCCCGUCAUUACACACUGUGCCCACGUGUACUGCCGCCCCUGCGUCGCCAAGGUCAUCAGCACUUCGGAGGAGACAGCGCGAUGCCCCCUCUGUCGAAGUGAGAUAAAGACCACUGAGCUGGUGGAGUUUCCAGAGGAUCAAAUGGAGGAAGACAGCGGUUCAGACUUGGGGACAUGGCGGACAAGCUCAAAGGUGGACGCGCUUUUGGGAAACCUUGUCAGGCUGAGAUCUGAAGACAGCAGCAUUAAGUCUUUGGUUGUGUCUCAGUUUACACGCUUCCUCACCUUACUGGAAACGCCGCUCAGAGAGCACGGUUUCAGUUUUGUGCGUUUGGACGGCACAUUGAGCCAGAAGAAGCGUGCCCAGGUCAUCCAGGAGUUCCAGUGCACUGCAGCAGACAGCCCCAGGAUCAUGCUUCUGUCACUCAAAGCUGGAGGGGUUGGGCUGAACUUGACCGCAGCCUCCCGCGUUUUCCUCAUGGACCCAGCAUGGAAUCCCGCUACUGAGGAACAGUGUAUUGAUCGCUGCCAUCGCUUGGGCCAGACAAGAAAGGUUGUUGUUACUAAGUUCAUCGUGAAGGAUUCGGUGGAAGAGAAUAUGGUGAAGAUCCAGAGGCAGAAGCAGGAUCUGGUGGAGAAGGCUUUUGGCUCCACAAACACUGACAGGAAAAGUUCUCGCAUUGAUGACAUCAAAGCUCUGCUGGAGUUGUAGACUAACACGAAAACCAGCUUUACACAAACAUUCUGCAUAUUUCUUAUCAAAUGUUUUUUUUUUUUUUCUCAGUGGCAUGUUCAUUGUUCUAUUUAAACCUACAGUGUGUAGGAUUUAGGGGGAAAUGGGGUAUAGCAGAAUCGUAACCAGCUGUUCAUUAGUGUUUAACUGCCACAGUGAACCAAUGCUUCCAUUAGUUUAGGGUGAGCCCUUACUAUCUACAUGAGAGCGGGCUGCCAUCAUGAGAGAGUAACCCAAAGUAGACAUACUUAGGCAUUUGCAUUGUGAGCAUGAAGACUGGGCAAAAAAAUAAAACUAGCCAUCAGUGGUUGCUCGCCUAUGCACUGUCUACUAUUUGCUUGUGCAAGAUAAGUUUGAGAACCUUCACUUUUGUAAAACAGAGGAGCAUACAUAAUUAUCACAAGAUAAUUGCAAGGAAGCAUGAAAUCUUGUCUGCAAAGAAGCAAAACUGUUAAGUGUGGCAUAAUGUAAUCUGCAACCUCACCACCAGGUGACACCAAAUCUGACACACUAGGUUUUGCAAUAGAUUUAACCUUAUUCAUCUGCAAGAUUUUAAGUUUGAUUUUAGAUACUUUGCCCGUAAGGUAUCAAAUACAUGAUCUAUUGUAGGAAUGUGCCUCUUAGUCAUUGUCAGUAAGCAAAAUUAAGAAUUGUCAGGCUUCAUAUAUAUAUAUUCUGAUUUCUUCAUCUUGCACAACUUGAGUAUCUGAGAAGAUUUGCAAAUAUUGUAAGUAGUUUUUACAUAAUGUGCAGCUCAAAUCUGUGAAAGUUAAAGGU